CGAUGAUCCAAAAGGAACGAGUCAUGGCAAAGAGUUCCUCCUUUGACUGUACGGGCGGAUUUUAUUAGAUUUGAUUCGAUACCUACUCCGUAGUUUGUUUGUAUUGAUGGUUGUCGAGUUUCGAAGCUAAGCCCACUGGGGGUUAGAGACGUCUAUUUUUGCCCUGUCCCUUUAGUCUUUUUUCCUUGCCCUCCCUUUGAGCAAAUGCGAUUCGUGCUCUCUCGUCUCACGCUCUUGCUCCUCCUCCUUUUUUUUUCCCUUUUCCUUCACCCUUUCACCUUUCCUCCUCGCUUUCUCUCCCUCCAUCCUUCUUUCCCUUCCCCACCAACUACUAAUCGGGUGCCGUUUUUUGGGUCUUCGGUCGAGAUAACUCGACUGCAUUCGACCUCGUCCUCCCCCUUGGUUCACUCGGGGUACCCAAAACACACCACCUGGUCCCUUUCUCCCUGCGGACCCUCCUUUUCUGCAACAAACUCCAAGCCUUUUCCCACUUUGCAUCCUCGACGCGCAAGAACCCCAACCCUUACGACCUGCAGCCCUGGUGGCUUAAUCUUCCGGCUUUCUUCCAUCACCACGACCUCCUCUUUUCGCUCGCGAAUUGUUUUACCCCUCUUCGGACUUGGACGACAUCCCGUUUCUCGAUUCGUUUAAUCGUACCUGUCGAACCGUUGCGCGACCAUCAUGGCCUACCAAGGGUCUGGCGCGCACUCGCCCAAGUACGAGAGCCACCCAGACGCUCCCGCUUCCCAAUAUCGAGAAGACGAAGAUGCCUCGCACGGACUAUUGUCCCACCAGCAGGGUCCCUUUGCGACUCCCUUUGACGACCCGCACUCUCGCGGUGUCUCUCCCGUGCGCCCUGCCUCGGGAUACAGUCUGACCGAGACCUAUGCCACGGACACGGCUCCCGGCUACCAUGACCCCUACGCGACGGGCUCCGUCUACUCGGGCCAGUCCGAGAGCCCUGCCGCAGCGUUCGGUGUCCCCGGCCGGGUGCCCUCACCCUACGCUCGAAGCGAGACUUCGUCCACCGAGGCCUGGCGCCAGCGACAAGCUCCGGGAGGUGGACCCGGCGGUGGUGGUAACCUGCGCCGUUAUGCCACCCGUAAGGUGAAGCUGGUCCAGGGUUCCGUCCUGAGUGUCGACUAUCCCGUGCCCAGUGCCAUUCAAAAUGCCAUUCAGGCCAAGUACCGCAACGAUCUCGAGGGUGGGAGCGAAGAGUUCACCCACAUGCGAUACACUGCUGCAACCUGCGACCCCAAUGAGUUUACCCUUCACAAUGGUUACAACCUGCGUCCCGCCAUGUACAACCGUCACACGGAGCUGCUCAUUGCGAUUACCUACUAUAACGAGGACAAGACCCUGACCUCGCGCACACUGCACGGUGUCAUGCAAAACAUUCGCGAUAUCGUCAAUCUCAAAAAGUCCGAGUUCUGGAACAAGGGUGGUCCGGCUUGGCAGAAGAUCGUCGUAGCCCUCGUGUUCGACGGUAUCGACCCCUGUGACAAAGACACGUUGGAUGUCCUAGCCACCGUCGGUAUCUACCAGGAUGGCGUCAUGAAGCGCGACGUCGACGGCAAGGAGACCGUGGCCCAUAUCUUCGAAUACACAACCCAGCUGUCCGUGACGCCCAGCCAGCAGCUGAUCCGACCGACCGAUGAUGGCCCCACCACCCUUCCACCCGUUCAGAUGAUGUUCUGUCUGAAGCAGAAGAACAGCAAGAAGAUCAACUCUCACCGUUGGCUCUUCAACGCCUUUGGCCGUAUUCUCAACCCCGAGAUCUGUAUCUUGCUUGACGCAGGAACUAAGCCCGGCCCCAAGUCUCUUCUUUCUCUGUGGGAGGCUUUCUACAAUGACAAGGAUCUUGGCGGUGCCUGUGGUGAAAUUCACGCCAUGUUGGGUAAGGGCUGGCGCAACUUGGUCAACCCGCUCGUGGCAGCUCAGAACUUUGAGUACAAGAUCAGUAAUAUCUUGGAUAAGCCCCUCGAGAGUUCGUUCGGUUACGUGUCCGUGUUGCCCGGUGCUUUCUCCGCCUAUCGAUUCCGCGCAAUCAUGGGUCGUCCGCUGGAGCAGUACUUCCACGGUGAUCACACCCUGUCGAAGCAGCUGGGUAAGAAGGGUAUUGAAGGUAUGAAUAUUUUCAAGAAGAACAUGUUCUUGGCCGAGGAUCGUAUCCUGUGUUUCGAGUUGGUCGCCAAGGCCGGCUCCAAGUGGCAUCUGUCGUACGUCAAGGCCUCCAAGGCCGAGACUGACGUGCCCGAAGGUGCCGCCGAGUUCAUCUCGCAGCGUCGUCGUUGGUUGAACGGUUCGUUUGCUGCCGGUAUUUACUCGCUGAUGCAUUUCGGCCGUAUGUACAAAUCUGGCCACAACAUCAUUCGCAUGUUCUUCCUGCACAUUCAGAUGCUUUACAAUAUCUUCAACACCUUCCUCACCUGGUUCUCGCUCGCCUCUUACUGGCUGACCACCACCGUCAUUAUUGACUUGGUCGGUACCCCCAGUACCAGCAACGGCAACAAGGCGUUCCCCUUCGGCAAAACUGCGACUCCCAUUGUCAACACCAUCGUCAAGUAUGUCUACUUGGCCUUCCUGCUGCUUCAGUUCAUCCUUGCUCUCGGUAAUCGUCCCAAGGGUUCCAAGUUCUCGUACCUGGCCUCCUUUGUCGCCUUUGGUAUCAUCCAGGUGUACAUCGUCGUGGAUUCGCUGUACCUGGUGAUCCGCGCCUUCACUGGUGGUGCACCGAUGGAUUUCGUUACCGACGAAGGCGUGGGAGCUUUCCUCAAGUCUUUCUUCUCUUCGUCCGGUGCUGGUAUCAUUAUCAUUGCCCUGGCUGCCACCUUCGGUCUUUACUUUGUCGCCUCGUUCAUGUACGCCGACCCGUGGCACAUGUUCACUUCGUUCCCCGCCUACAUGGUCCUGCAGUCCUCGUACAUCAACAUCCUCAACGUCUAUGCCUUCAGCAACUGGCACGAUGUGUCUUGGGGUACCAAGGGUUCGGAUAAGGCUGAUGCGCUCCCCUCUGCCAAGACUACGAAGGACGAAGGGAGUAAAGACGCGGUCAUAGAGGAAAUCGAUAAACCACAGGCCGAUAUUGACAGCCAGUUCGAGGCUACCGUCAAGCGCGCAUUGACACCGUUCGUUGCCCCCGUUGAGCACGAUGAGAAGUCCCUGGAGGAUUCUUACAAGAGCUUCCGUACUCGUCUUGUGACUUUCUGGAUUUUCAGCAAUGCCUUCUUGGUCGUGUGUAUCACUAGCGAGGCGGUUGACAAGUUCGGUUUCUCGAACACUGCCACCACUCGUACCGCUCGUUUCUUCCAGGCCCUCCUGUGGUCCAACGCCGUCAUGGCCCUGUUCCGCUUCAUCGGUGCCUGUUGGUUCCUGGGUCGCACUGGUAUCAAGUGCUGCUUCGCCCGCCGGUAGACGGAUGUGUGCACGUCCUUUUCCUAUAAUUUUUAUUUCUUCUCUGCUAUUCAUGAAACCAUUCCCCUUCUUGGCACAUGUAUCUCCUUCUCUUCCGCCUUCAUCAUGUUCUUCUCAAUUCUGUCUUUCUUAUCUUCAGCUAUCGCGAUCUGUAUUCUACCUAAAGAUGCCCGUUACCUUUCGAACGUUCGUUUCAUUUCUGUGAUGCCAGUAUGUACUGCCGUGGAAGGUUGGUUAGCAACCUCGAAAUCCCGUGAUACUCUUUUUUUUUUUGGACUAGCGAUGCAAUGGGAAUGCAUUCGGGGCGCAAUGAAAUCUUUGUGAGAUCUGAUUAAAAAAACGCAAUUCACUGGGUAAUCCGCAUA